CAAAUAUUACUUCAGAAAAAUUUAGAGAUUUAGUCAAACCAUUAGAUAAAACUAAUAGGAUAGAUCAUGUCCUAAAGAGACUUAAAAAUAAAGAUGACACUUUGGCACUUGUAGAGCUUCUUAAAAAUAAUAAAGCAUUUAGGGAUCUAAAUGUAGCAACAAAAUUUUAUACAAGAUUACAAGAAGAGGAGAUUACUUCAGACACUUUUUUAAAACUAAAAUGGCAGAAUUAA